CACACGAUUUGUGGCAAGCACGUUACAGGGUUUCAGCAGGAAGUGACAGGACAUGCAGUGAUUGGAAUGGAAGCAGUAUGUGUUCCCCCAAAAACGUUACCAGUCACAAGCAGUAUUGAAGGGCAUUACGUACCAAUAUAAAGCUAUAGGGCUUCUGACUCUGAUGGAUCAUGAGUAUCAUUCUAAGAUUAAUCUCAAGAGGUUUCCAAUCGCCUGGAAAUACCCUUCAAGUUGCAGAAUAAGGAAUAGUUUCGUUAAAGAGAGGGUAAUACUAUGAUGCCAUAUAUGCUUCCUUGCAGAAGACGGGAAACAAAUUUACUCGACAAUCUGGCAUUCCUUUUUGCCAUUCAUGAGAUCAACCAGGAUCCCAGGAUCUUGCCCAACAUCACCCUGGGUUACAACAUCUUUGAGAACUAUUACAAUGCAAGAAUCACAUACGAUGCCAUGGCAGACCUAUUAUCUACUGGGAAUGCAAAUAUUCCAAACUACAGGUGUGGAAGGCAGAAUGACCUGCUGGCUGUCCUUGAAGGGGCUGACUCUGAGCUAUCUGUCCAUAUUUCAAACAUGUUGGGCAUCUACAAAAUUCCACAGGUUAGUUACAGUUUUGUCUCCCAUGACCGCAAUGAUAAAACUCAGUUCCCUUUUUUCUACCGGAUGCUCCCAAAAGAUGAAUACCAAUACACAGGGAUUGUCAAGUUGCUCCUGCAUUUCAGAUGGACGUGGGUCAGUCUCUUUGCCCCAGAAAAUGACAACGGAGAAAAGUUCCUGAGUGCCUUGACACCUAUACUUGCCUCAAAUGAUAUUUGUGUUGCCGUCUCACAGAGAUUCCCAGAACUGAUUGUGCCUGACUUGUCAAUGACCCUUGAUUCAGCUCUCCCAUGGAAAGAAGUCAACGUAUUUGUUUACUAUGCAGAAAUCCGCUCUUUCUACAAUGGGAUAUACCUCAUAAAUAUAAUACUCAAACUGUUUAUACAGCCUAUUGACGGGAAGGUUUGGAUCACAACAGCUUUGUGGGACCUCACCUCAACAUUGUCUGACAGCAAGUUUCUCUUCCAGCACAGCCACUGGUUUUUUUCCUUCUUAAUCCAGACGAAGUAUAUUCCAAAACAUGACAAUUUCAAGCUGAGUCACGUCGCUCCUUACUUGAAGAAGGCCUUCCAUUGUUUCUUUAAGAAGCAUGUGUUGUCUGGGAAAGAACGGGAAAGAUGUGAACAGAAAUUGCCCCUGGAUAUGCUCGCACCAGCUCUCUCCCAAGACAACUACAAUGCUUACAGGAGUAUCCAUGCCCUGGCGCAUGCCUUAAAUGCUGCAUAUUCGUCCAGAUUCAAGCGGGUGAUGUUGGUUGAAGGAAGCAAGGUGGGACUUCAGAAGCUGCAAGCAUGGCAGUUUCACCAUUUUCUGAGAAGCUUUGGAUCUUACAAUACUUCCCUGGAUGGAGUGUACUUGGAUGGAGAUGGGGAACUGUCAGCCAAUUUCGAUAUUUUGAACUGGGUUGUGUGGCCCAACACUUCAGUAGCUUCACAGAGAAUUGGGAGUCUAGAGCGACAGGCAUUCCCAGACAAAAGUUUCAGCGUUGAUGAAGAUGCGGCCAUGUGGUUGAGGGGGCUUAACCGGCCGCUGCCCCCUUCAAGGUGCACCAGAAGCUGCCCUCCUGGGUACGUCAAAGUGAUUCAAGAAGGGAAGCCGCUUUGCUGCUAUGCGUGUGCUCUGUGUCCUGAAGGGACCAUCUCCGCUCAGGAAGAUGCAAACCACUGCACUGAAUGUUCAGAAGAUCAGUAUCCAAACAAGGAUCAAGAUCAAUGUGUGCCCAAGAUUAUCACCUUCCUAUCCUUUAACAAAUAUUUGGGGAUUCUCUUGGCUUCUGUUGCAAUAUACUUGACCUUUACCACAGGAUUUAUUUUAGGAAUCUUCAUUAAGUACAAAGAAACUCCUAUUGUCAAAGCCAACAACCGGGACCUCUCCUACAUUCUCCUCAUCUCCCUCCUGCUUUCCUUUUUGUCCUCCUUCCUCUUCAUCGGCCGGCCAAGAAGAGCAACCUGUCUUCUCCGACAAACAGCCUUCAGCAUCAUCUUCUCUGUUGCCGUCUCUUCUGUGUUGGCAAAAACCAUCACUGUGGUGCUGGCCUUUCUGGCCACAAAGCCAGGGAACAAGGUGAGGAGAUGGCUGGGGAAGAGUCUGGCAAACACCAUUGUCAUUUCCUGUUCCAGUGUCCAAGUUGUCAUCUGCACCAUCUGGCUAGGCAUGUCUCCCCCUUUCCCGGAGUCUGACAUGCACUCCCAGCCCCGAGAGAUCAUCCUGCAGUGUAAUGAAGGAUCUGUUGCCAUGUUUUACACUGUCCUUGGCUACAUGGGCUUCCUGGCUGCCAUCUGCUUCACGGUGGCUUUCCUGGCCAGGAAGCUGCCUGGGGCCUUCAAUGAAGCCAAGCUGAUCACCUUCAGCAUGCUGGUCUUCUGCAGUGUUUGGGUGUCCUUUGUUCCCACCUACCUGAGCACCAAGGGGAAGUACAUGGUAGCCGUGCAGGUCUUCUCUAUCUUGGCCUCCAGUGCUGGACUCCUGGGCUGCAUCUUCAUUCCCAAGUGCUACAUCAUUAUAUUGAGACCUGAUCUGAACACAAAGGAACAUCUGACCACAAAAAUAAAAUAAGGCA